AUGGAGGCCCGAGGGCCUCCGGGGGCGGGAGCAGCAGCAGCUGCUUCCGCGGUCCUUCAGGAGGGGAGCGGCGGCAGGGGCGGAGAGUCCGGGGAAAGCGGCGGCGGCGGCGGCGGCGGCGGCCUCCCCGAGGGGUCCCGCAGCUCCGAGGCCGAGCGCCGGCGCUUCCGCAGCUGUCGCCCCCGGGAGACCGAGGGGAUCCGGGCGCUCUGCAGCCGCCUGCACCGGCUGUGCCGUGGGUGGCUGCGGCCCGAGCGGAGCGGCAAAGCCGAGGUGGUGGACCGGGUGGUGCUGGAGCAGCUGCUGGCCCUGCUGCCCCCGGAGCUGGCGGGCUGGCUGCGGGAGUGCGGGGCGGAGAGCUGCGCCCAGGCGGUGGCCCUGGCCGAGGGCUUCCUGCUCGGCCCGCCGCCCUCCUCCGCCCCGCGGGAGCCCCCCGGAGAGGGCCGGCAGGUGCAGGAGCCAUUCAUUGGGGAGAUCUCAGCAGAGCUCCAUGGAAAAAGAGAUCCGUCCGACGAUUCUGAAGAGCUUCCUUUCAGGAGAAUUCAACUGGGGUCACCUUGCCAGAGCUCUGCUCCCUUUGAGGAGGUGGCUGUGGACUUCACAGAGGAGGAGUGGGCACUGCUGGAUUCUGGACAGAAGGCCUUGUGGAGGGAAGUCAUGCUGGAGGUUUCCAGUAAUAUGGCCACUCUGGGUGAUGGUGAUAAGCUGAGGAACGAGAAUAACAAGCAGCCAGGGUUAUUGACGCUGCAAAGAGCACUCUCGUCAAAGAGUCAUUCCUUCUCUUUUACUUUACCUAAAAUACUGCACAGGAAACAUAAACCGCAUACAUUUGUCAAAUACGAGAGGGAUUUCAGUCUGAGCAAAAAGAUGAAACUGUGCAUGAAGUAUGGAAACAGCUUCAUUAGCACGAGUAAUUUUAACUGCCACCAGAGGAUCUACCUAGGCGAGAGGCCAGGUAAAUAUCCAGAAUGUGAAAAAAGCCUUUGUCAGAAAACAGAGGUUAUUUGUCCUAAAAAGAUACAUAUCGGGGACAGACCAUAUAAUUGCCUGGAAUGUGGAAAGAGCUUUUUUGAGAGCAGUGAACUUGAUCGACAUCAAAGGAUCCACACAGCAGACAAGCCGUAUAAGUGCUUGGAGUGUGGAAAGAGCUUCACUCAGAAAGGAAAACUUAAUUCUCAUAAAAAGAUCCACACGGGAGAGAGAUCAUAUAAAUGCAUGGAGUGUGGAAAGGGGUUUAUCGACAACUGGCGCCUUACUUUCCACCAAAGGAUGCACACGGGAGAAAGACCAUACAAAUGCUUGGAGUGUGGAAAAAGCUUUAACUGGAGCAAAGAUCUUAUUCGUCACGAAAGGAUCCACACUGGGGAGAGACCCUACAAGUGCAUGGAGUGCGGAAAAAGUUUUGCUCAGAAAGGAUGUCUUACUGGUCACGAGAGGAUCCACCUGGGGGAGAAACCGUAUAAAUGCACAUUGUGUGGAAAAAGCUUUGCUCAAACAGUACAACUGAAUGCUCAUAAAAGAAUGCACACCGGGGAGAGACCAUAUAAAUGUUUAGAAUGUGGGAAAAGCUUUAAUUGGAGCAGAGGUCUAAUACAUCACGAAAGGAUCCAUACUGGGGAGAGACCAUAUAAAUGCACGGAGUGUGGAAAAAGCUUCGCUCAAACAGCACAUCUUAAUUCUCAUAAAAGGAUCCACACCGGGGAGAGACCGUAUAAAUGCUUGGUGUGUGGAAAGAGUUUUGCUCGGAAAGGAUGUCUUGCCGGUCAUGAAACAAUUCACACAGGAGAUAAACCAUAUAAAUGCACCGAGUGUGGAAAAAGCUUUGCUCGGACAGGGCAUCUUUAUUCUCACAAAAGGAUCCACUCAGUGGAUAGACCAUAUAAAUGCUUGGAGUGUGGAAAAAGCUUUAACUGGAACAGAGAUCUUAUUCGUCAUGAAAGAAUCCACACUCGGGAGAGACCAUUCAAGUGCAUGGAGUGCGGAAAGCAAUUUACUCAGAAAAAUGCUCUUAUUAAUCAUGAAAGAAUCCAUACAGGGGAGAGACCAUAUAAAUGCCUAGAGUGUGGAAAGAGCUUCAGUAGCAAGAGUAACCUCAAUCGCCAUCAGAGGGUCCACACCGGUGAUAAACCACAUAAAUGCGUGGAGUGCGGAAAGCAGUUCAGUCAGAAAGGACAUCUUACUCAUCACAAAAGGAUCCACACGGGGGAGAAGCCAUAUACGUGCACCGAAUGCGGAAAGAGCUUUGCUCAAAAAGGGCAACUUAGCUCUCAUAGAAGGACCCACACAGGCGAGAGACUGUAUAAAUGCAUCGAGUGUGGAAAGAGCUUCAGUAGCAAGAGUAACCUCAAUCGCCAUCAGAGGGUCCACACCGGUGAUAAACCACAUAAAUGCGUAGAGUGCGGAAAGCAGUUCAGUCAGAAAGGACAUCUUACUCAUCACAAAAGGAUCCACACGGGGGAGAAGCCGUAUACGUGCACCGAAUGCGGAAAGAGAUUUACUCAGAAAGGACAUCUUACUCGUCACGAACGAAUCCAUACAGGGGAGAGACCGUAUAAAUGCAGAGAAUGUGGAAAGAGCUUUGCUGAGGAAGGACGACUUAAUUCUCAUAAAAGGAUCCACACAGGUGAAAGACCAUACAAGUGCAUAGAUUGUGGAAAGAGCUUUACUCAGAAAGAACAUCUUACUUGUCAUGAAAGGGUCCACACAGGAGAGAAACCUUAUAAGUGCACAGAGUGUGGAAAGGGCUUCAGUCGAAACUCUUACCUGAGCCGUCAUCAGAGGAUCCACACAGGUGAAAAACCGUAUACUUGCAGGGAAUGUGGGAAAAGAUUCAUUGAGAAUAGAGAGCUAACUUCCCAUCAAAGGGUCCACACAGGAAAGAGAUCCUGCACAUGCCUGGAGUGCGGAAAGAGCUUUUUUGGCAACAAAGAUCUUAUUCGUCACCAAAUGAUUCACACAGAGGAGAAGCCCUAUAAAUGCCUGGAGUGUGGAAAGAGCUUUACUGAGAAAGGAAAACUUAUUUCUCAUAAAAGUAUCCAUUCAGGAGAGAGACCAUACAAAUGCCUGGAGUGUGGAAAGAGUUUUACUCAAAAAGGAAAACUUAAUUCUCAUAAAAGGAUCCAUAAGGGGGAGGGACCAUAUAAAGGUAUGGCGUGCCAAGACAGCUUUAUUGACAACAAAGACCUUAUUCGGCACCAAAGGAUCCACGCAGGAGAGAAUCCUUACAAAUGCAGUGAGGGUGAAAAAAACUUUUUAAUGACUACGGGACCUUUAUUUGUCAUGAAGAGAUCUACACAGGAGGAAAUUAUACAUGCAUGGAAUGUGGAAUAAACUUCAUUUGAGAAGGGUGCACUUCUCACAAAAAGAUGUAUAUGGUAAAAACCAUAUACAGGUGGUUCUCGACUUUCAAGUUUAAUGAUGGUUCAAAGUUGCAAUGGCACUGAAAAAAGUGAGUUAUGACCAGUUUUCGCACAACCAUUGUUGCAUCC